AGAUGAUUGAAAAUGGUGCUGCACCGGAGGAACGCGCGCUUGAAAGCCAUUUACGCGCCACGAUGGAGGAUGCUAUAAUGGCUGUGAGAGCAAGCCUCCAAGCACUAAUGCAACCGACGCCGCGCGUAGCCAUCGCGUCAUCAUCGAAUCGCGUUGCAGCGUCGGAGCUAAGAUUGCCAAGAAUUUCGUUGCCUGAAUUCGACGGUAAUGAAAUGCAAUGGGCAACGUUUCGUGACACUUUUGAAGCACUUAUUCACAACAACACCGAAGUGCUGGAUAUCCAAAAGUUUCACUAUCUGCGAGCAGCACUGAAAGGAGAAGCUGCUAGGCUGCUAGAUUCCAUCCCGUUGUGUUCCUCAAAUUACUCCAUUGCAUGGAAAUCAUUGGUCGAUCGCUAUGCCAAUGAGUAUUUACAAAAAAAGAGGCAUUUGCAAGCCAUGUUCAACAUGUCGAGAGUGCAAAAGGAAUCCAAUGCAGCACUGCAUAGGCUGGUCGAUGAUUUCGACAGACAUGUGAAAAUGCUCCACCAGUUGGGUGAGCCAACUGAACAGUGGAGCACUAUUCUGGAGUAUGUGUUGUGCACAAAACUGCCUGAGGAAACGUUGAAGAAUUGGGAGGAUCAUGCUUCCACGCUCGAUACACCUGACUACGCAACGCUAAUAGAUUUCCUACAAAGAAAAAUGCGGAUAUUAGAGUCCAUAUCGAUGAAUCAUCAGUCUACGAAGGAAAGUACUCACCCGAAUCCCGUGCGGCGCGCCCCGCAGCAGCUUUCUUCCUGCUCUUCCACUACGAGCAAUUCUAAAGAGUGCCCAUAUUGCCAACACGAGCAUGCCCUGAGCAGUUGUUACAAGUAUUGCCGCCUUCCACUGUCUGAGCGUAUUCAGAUUGCAAAUGAGAAGAAGGUUUGCAAUAACUGCUUACGGAAGGGCCAUUGGGCAAGAAAUUGUCUUUCGUCUUCCCGAUGCAAACAUUGCCGUGACAGACAUCACACUCUUUUGCACCGCUCCAAUGAACCAGCAGGAUCGAAAGAAGGGUCACCGGAACGUCCCGAUUCACCGAAGCCGAAGGAUCGCGCAUACGCUCAGUCGCUCAACGUUACUGAGACGACGGAGCGUUCAGAGGAGGUGUUUCUGCUAACUGCGCGAGUGAACAUCGUAGAUGCUGACGGCAAGGAGCAUUCGGUGCGUGCUCUUCUAGACAGUGCGUCGCAAGCGAACCUGAUGACCGAAAGGCUUGCCAGAUUGCUGCAGAUAAAACGGUCUCCAGCUAACGUCAAAGUAUUGGGAGCUGGUAAGGUAUCUCGCAAUGUUCGUGAAUGUGUGUUUGCUGAGAUUCGGUCGAAAAGACAGCAUUUCAGUUGUGGCGUACAAUUUAUGUUGAUGGACCAAAUAACCUCUCAUAUUCCUUCAGAGAACAUAGCUAUUAGCCACUGGUGUAUCCCGAAAGGAAUUGAGCUAGCUGAUCCGGAAUUUAAUAAAUCACAGCCAAUCGAUUUAUUAAUAGGCGCGAAGCACUAUUAUUCGUUUUUCCCUAGUGCUGCACGAGUGCACUUGGGUCCUGACCUUCCAUCAUUGAUUGACAGCGUGUUUGGCUGGAUUGUAGCGGGUUCGGCAAUGUUGCAUUACCCUGCUAAUUCGCAGACAAUUAUUUCCAACGCUGUUUGCAUGAUGUCACUGGAAGAAAGCAUGGAACGGUUUUGGAAAAUCGAAUCUUUGGUAAUGAAAGAUGGAUACUCGCCCGAAGAACGAAGAUGUGAACAGCUAUUUCAGACAACCACGACGAGAGAUAAGGAUGGUCGGUACAUCGUCCGUUUGCCGCGUCAUCCUGACUUUGGGGUACGAUUAGGUGCAUCUAAAACAAGUGCAAAACGUCGAUUCGAGCUGUUGGAGAAACGUUUCGUUAGAAAUGCCAAACUGAAGGAAGAGUAUCACGCAUUUAUGAAGGAGUACUACGAGUUGGGGCAUAUGCGUUUGGUCCGCGAUGAGCUGCCGGAGCCAGUUGAGUCGUACUAUCUGCCCCACCAUCCCGUGUUCAAAGAGUCGAGCACUACAACGAAAAUCAGAGUCGUGUUUGACGGCUCUUCGAAAACUACAAGCGGUUAUUCCCUUAAUGAGGCUCUCUGUGUGGGACCAGUGGUGCAGGACGAGCUGCUUGAUCAACUUUUGCGUUUUCGCACCUACAGAGUGGCUUUGGUAGGCGACAUAGCAAAGAUGUACCGGCAGAUAUUGCUUCAUCCUGAUGAUCGUCCAUUAGUGCGAAUCUUCUUUCGAUUUUCGACGCAGCAACCAGUCCAGAUUUAUGAGCUGAAUACGGUUACCUAUGGACUGGCACCAUCAUCGUUCCUUGCUACGCGUGCUCUGAUUCAGCUGGCGGAUGAUGAGGGUGACGCAUACCCACGAGCGGGUCCGGCUUUGCGAAAGAACUUCUACGUAGACGAUUUCAUCGGAGGAGCGAACUCGGUAGAAGAGGCUACGUUGCUACGAGAUGAGUUAGCUGAGUUGCUACUUAAAGGCGGAUUUGAGCUACGCAAAUGGACCUCUAAUUGUCCUGAUGUUCUGCGCGGACUCGAUGAGUCGCAAAUUGGAACAACUUCCAAGAUGAGCUUCGCUUCCCAUGAAGCCGUGAAGACACUUGGGAUCAGUUGGGUUCCACAAGAAGAUUGGUUGCUAUUUGAAGGAUUGUGUCAACCAGAUACCGAUAUCAUCACAAAGCGAUCUGUACUUUCCACCAUCGCUAAAAUGUAUGAUCCGCUGGGAAUGAUAGCUCCGAUAGUCAUUCGGGCAAAGAUGAUAAUGCAGGAAAUAUGGACGUACUCGUGUGAUUGGGAUGAUGCCCUGCCAGCAGGCAUCGUUAGUAAGUGGAAGCAGCUUCAACAGGAGAUCCAAUCCCUUUCACAGUACCGUAUGGAAAGAUACGUAUUGGUUCCCGGCGCACGUAAGAUUGAGCUGCACACCUUUUCCGAUGCUUCAACAGUAGCUUAUGGUGCAUGCACGUAUGUACGGUGUGAAGAGCCGGGACGAGUUCGGGUGAUGCUUCUAGCAUCUAAGAGUAAGGUAGCACCCUUAAAGCAACUAACGGUUGCCAGACUAGAGUUAUGUGCCUGCGUCCUUGCAGCACAUUUGCACCAUCGAAUAAAAAGGGCAAUCGCUACGAAAAUUGAUGCGUCAUGGUUUUGGACCGAUUCAGCUAUCUGCACGGCGUGGAUUAGGGCGCCUCCAACCACGUGGAAAACGUUUGUCGCCAACCGUGUGGCUGAGAUACAGCAUUUUACGAGUGACGCAAAGUGGCGACACAUAGCUGGAGUCGAAAAUCCCGCUGAUCUGGUGUCGCGCGGGAUGGAAGUGUUGGAAUUCAACAACAGCAUGGCAUGGAGACAUGGGCCAGCAUGGUUGACGAAAUCAGAGGAUGUUUGGCCUAUGUCUAAUCCAACGGAGCCUCCUGAGGCAAUUCAAGAGAAGAAAGUCUUAACAGCCGCCGUUGCGACGUGUACCAACGAGCUGUUCCUGCGUUGGUCAUCAUUCACUCGCCUGGUAAAUGUCGUAGGUUAUUGUCGACGUUUCAUUGCCAUGGUGCCACAUCUGCGGCGCAUAAGACGUGAAGGAGCCAUGCAUUCCAACGAAGGCAAUGCGCAUUCCAGUAAUUCCGCAUCUCCGAAGGUGUUGAGCGUUCUUGAGCGAGCAGCAGCGGAAGACGCUUUAUUAAGGCUUGCUCAGCGUGAGUCUUUCGCGGAAGAGUUGAGUGAUCUGCAAACGGGGAAACAAAUUAGAAGGCAGUCACAGUUACGUCGACUUACCCCAUUUUUGGACAAAAAUGGUAUCAUCAGAGUUGGUGGCCGAUUGAACUUGGCGCAGCUACCCUUUCAGUCGAAGCAUCCCGCGUUGCUGCCUAAGGGCCACCCACUGGCUCGAUUAAUUGCAGAGAGCUACCACAAGUUGCUGCUACAUGGUGGAGGACGUUUGUUGCUGUCAUCCAUAAGGGAAAGAUUUUGGCCCUUGAACGGAAGAAUGUUGGUGAAAGCCGUGGUGAGGAAUUGCAUCCGAUGUAUUCGUCAUCAUCCUACGGCAGCAGAGCAGCAUACUGGUCAACUGCCCUCUGGUAGAUUAGUCCCGAGUCGUCCGUUUGCGGUCACAGGAGUGGAUUACGCAGGCCCAUUGUAUCUAAAGCCUGCGCAUCGGCGGGCUGCAUCACUGAAGGCAUAUUUGUGUGUCUUUGUGUGUUUCACAACCAAGGCGGUUCAUCUAGAGCUAGUGGGUGAUCUUUCAACCGAAGGGUUUCUCGCUGCUCUACGGAGAUUUACGGCGAGGAGAGGUGUUCCGGAGCACAUCCAUUCGGACAACGUAGGUUCAUCGAUGACGGCGAUACCAGAUCCGGAACUAACGCACGCACACAUAAACACCGAACAGCACUUGACCAAACUUCAACUACUUGUUCAGAAGUUUUGGAAACACUGGCAGAAGGAAUACUUACAAGAACUGCAGAAGGACCCACGCAUCGCUAAGAACACGGAUAACAUUCAACCGGGGCGAAUGGUUAUCGUAGUGGACGAGCUGCUGCCAACUACUCGCUGGCCGCUUGCACGAGUCGUAGAGGUUCACCCCGGCGCGGAUGGAUUAGUACGCGUAGUCACGUUGCGAACACCUAAGGGAAUUAUAAAACGUCCGAUCACGAAGAUCUGUCCCUUACCAAUAUCCAGUGAAAAUGUAGGAGCAUAAGGAAGUCAGGGAAUAUCACUUGCACAAAGAUCACGAAUCACUUGGUACUUAACACUUUUAUCCGUUUGCGAUACCACGCGGUGUUUUGACAUAGGCGAGCAAGGAUAAGUUUGUUUGUUGAUGGUACAUCAAGGCGAGGAGUAUGUUUACGUUUCGUAUGCGUUACACUCAUUUGACAGUUGAAAUUUAUUAUUCCGAUUAAUGCAUUAUUGUUUUCACCGGGGUAGCGUUACGAACGCAGAGGUUAGUUGUGUUAGUGUAAGGACCGUUAGGGCUAAGAACCAUUGCGAAAAAUCACUGCACUUGUAAUAAAAUACGUACGCCGAACGGUCAAGCGAGAAA